AAUAUCAUAUCGGGGGGAAAUAUGUGACAUGCCGAUUGCUACUGGUUUUGCGGUAAGCAAUGUCACAUUUGGAGAUGCAUGACGGUAAACACCGAGCCAGCAGGUCUCAUGGGUCACACAUGCCGGCUUCUUUUAGGCGAAAGUAUAAAACUGUUGGGGCUUUUACCGGCAGGAGACAGUUUCGGUUAACAGUUGAUUCGCGACAGUUUGGUGUUCGAAGGUGGCAUUCUGAUUUGCAGCAAUGUAAUUUGAAAGUGGUAAUACAAUGUUCGUUACGAGAAUUGUGGUGCAUGCAAUACUAGUGUUGAGCUACACAGUGAACCAUGUGGAGUCCUGGGAGUUUCACGAAUUGCCACAUUUGAUGAACGAACGUGAAUUGAGCUAUUAUUUCGGAAGUGAUCAUCGUGAAGAACUACCACUGUUUGAGUUGUUCUCCCCUCCUAGGGGUGAAACUCUGUUCAAAGCUAGUGAAAAGCAAAAUGUUGUACUGAAAGUGCCUUUUCAAAGUGACGAGUUUAAACUUAAUUUAAGAACACGUACAAACCUAGUGACAGCCAAAACCAGAUUUGUGACGCGCAAUGGGAAUGGAAGCUCGGAAGAAUAUCUUCAUAGAUCAACGAAUGAUUGCCACUACCUGCAUGUGGAUCGUGACUCGUCUGCAGCUGUUACAAGUUGUGAUUUUCAAAAUUUUCAUGGCAUCGUCUUCCUGCCCAACCAAACAUUGGAAAUUCAACCACUGAACAGUCGCCUGCGCAGUUUAAUUCCCCUCUUCACCCAUUUCAUAGUAGAAUCACAAAAUCUCCAUCUAGUCAAAAAGACUUCCCUAAAAGAUGUCAUCUUCACAGAAGAUCUGAUAAAUCGCAAAAAUUUACUCGCCAUUGCUAACCGAUCAGAUAUUCAUCUUCUUGGAGACACCCUGAACGAGAAAAACUACACGCUCGACGGUCUUGAAGAACUGGAAGAUCUCUACGCACCACCGGGCUUCAGCGGAACAUCUCGCCUUCGCAAGUUGACCAUCGAGUUGGGUCUGUUCUUCGACGAAGCCGCCUACAGGAUAUUCUCGCCUCACUUUGACAGUGAUGAUCUCAAGCUGAAAGACUUCAUUCUGGCGUACGUAAAUGCCAUUCAAGCUCUCUACCACCAUCCCUCGCUGGGAACCCCCGUGGACAUUACGGUGGUUUAUUUGGAAAUAAUGAAAAGGCAACCGGACGAUAUGCCGCACCACAGGGGCGAACGCGAAUCUCUGCUGGAUUCGUUCUGUUUGUAUCAAAAUAAAUUGAACAAAGGCGACGACAGCAAUGCGAAUCACUGGGAUUUGGCACUAUACGUGUCCGGAUUGGAUUUUUAUGCGAUCGAAAAUGGACGAAGAAAUGGCGUGACGAUGGGCCUGGCUACGGUCGGUGGAAUUUGUUUGGGGAAGUAUUCAUGCGUUAUUGCAGAGUUUGGAACGACGAGUGUCUUCGGUAAACCGUACCCGUCUGCUGGAUUUACGUCGGUUUACGUGGCGGCACACGAAAUUGGACAUAGUUUAGGCAUGCAUCAUGACUCGGCGGGAAACGUUUGCGCCAAGGAUGGAUAUGUGAUGUCUCCGUCAAGGGGAACUCAAGGCGAAACCACGUGGUCUAGUUGUAGUGCCGCAGCAAUCCGCGAGUUGACCUGGGCAGAUUGCUUAUUUGACGCACCCUUGAAGACGAAGAAAGAGCUGGAUGCAUGGAAGUAUCAAGGAUAUCCAGGUCAAGUGUUUACUUCUAAAAAACAAUGCGAGGUGUUGCUGGUCGAUAAAGAUGCCAUUUCCGCUCCCACCUCUGGAUUGGAGCGAAUUUGCCAAAACCUUCAAUGCCGUACGCCUCAUCGCACUGGUUUCUAUUUCGCCGGACCUGCCCUGGAGGGAACCGACUGUGGUGAAAGUAAGUGGUGUAUUGGAGGAAGUUGUGUGAAGCAGAAGAAAAAGCCCAUCACCGUCGUUAGGGGAGGUUGGAGCGAAUGGAUGGUUGGGGAUUGCAACUCGGGGUGCUUGGCGCGGUCGAGAGGCUUCCAGCAACGUACGAGACGGUGUGACAAUCCGAAACCGGUCAAUACGGAUGAAGGAUGCGAUGGAAGUGCUUACGAUGUGAUGGUGUGUGACGACGAAAAGCUUUGCGCGAAUAAACGACAACCCAUUGAGAUCUAUGCGAGCAUUAAAUGCAAGGAAUUCAGUAAAUUGCUGAAUAGGUUGGAUCCGAAGGGGUUGGGCAUACAAGGCCCUUACGAUGGACAUCGUCUAUGGAUGAGCUGUGCCAUUUAUUGUAAGCGGGCAGAUAGCGAUGCAUACUACGCACCUCGCUUCGAUUUAAAUGAUCUUGGAGUGGAUUCGUAUUUCCCAGAUGGAACUAGAUGCUAUUCCGAAGGAUCAACCAACUACUACUGUCAACAGCAUCAUUGUCUUCCUGAGAACUUCAAAACGUCCAAGAUCUCAAUCUGGGCCCUAACGGAAGACAUUCCCAUUCCGGGCAACGCCCUACCAAUCAGAACACACUUCCUGGACAAUGAACUGUCCAACUACCUGUCGAUAGAUCGCAACCGUAGACCAUUGCUGGCUCAUUGGAACUACCGCCCAACGCAUCACGAAGACGACGGGGAAUGGCCAGAUCACGAUUAUCUGGAACUACCGGAAGAAGUGAAGAGAGCUGCCCACCGUUACUGAUAGCAUUGGGGUAUUACUGACGUUUUCUUUGUCCAUGACAUCAACGUGGGCCAUAUAUCGCGUGAUAAAAGUUGCAAAUAUUGCUAGGGUAAAUAAAAUAAUUAGUGUAUUCCUUUAGGUUACA